AUGGGAAAAAAAAUCUUGUUUAGUUUUUCUCUUAUUUUUUUGUGUAUGGGAUUUUUACUCACUUUGGACCAGAUAUUUGCCAGGAAAAACAUUUGUAUUAUUUCUCCAACGUCUUCCAAUAAAGAACUGGUUGUAAAGAGUGAUCAACAGAACAAUGAAGAUAUGAAACCAGUCCAGAAUUUCACAACAAAACCAAUCACACAGGCUCUCAACUACAAUAUGAGCAAAGAAGGACAUUUAGAAAGAGAACCUUGGAAUGUAUAUAGCCAUCAGAGCCCAGUUAACGUCUCUGUCAAUGGCAUUCCCUGCAUUCUCUUCUGGGCCAAAAGAAUCACAAUUAAAUUUAAGAAUCAGACCUGGCUGGACCUUGCAGAUGAAGCAUUUGGCUGGAAGACAACGGUGGACACUGGCAACUCAAAUUGCAGUGAAGAGAGCGCCAUGUUGUCUCUGAAGUUUGGUGAUACUGAAAAUUCCAAAGGUCUUUAUAUAAGAUUCAUCCUUACCAGUUACAACAAGUUGUCCAUCCAUAGUUGGUUUAGCUUGCACCGAAUCGAGAUUAUUCUGAACAAUUCAAUCCAAGCAACUUUUAAUGCAUCUGGCAUAUACGCUCCAUUGGGUUACUCCUACCACUGCCAGCGUGUCAGCAGCCUGAAGCAGUAUGACACCCUCUUGCUGCCCAGCGAAUGGGACAACUGGGACGAUAUGGCAAGCCUGUGGGAGGUCACUUUUCUUGAUUUCCAGAUCCAAGGCUUUGCCAUCAAGGGGAGACAGUUUGCCAAGGCCCGAGACUGUGCUGCUUCCUCCUCGCCAGCAGUUCUGAUCGGCCUGGCGAUGUCGCUGGUCCUGUUACUGGUGCUGGCCUACGCCCUGCACAUGCUCAUCUACCUGCGGUACCUGGACCGGCACUACGACUUCAUGGCCUCCCCUGCCCACUUCCCACAGUUGAGAGCGCGGGACGCAGCAGAGGAGAAGGAGCUGCUGAGGGGCCAGGGCGUGGAAUGCCACCAACUGAGAAGCCAGCAGAUGGGCGACAUUUAUGUCUAG